AUGGCGUCAGCAGAUGCGAUGCCAGUUCUUAUGGAGCACGACAUCACUGUGGUCAACACCUUCGUUCAGGUUUCCGAGGCCCGCCCGCGCCAGCGCUUGCAGCGCUCGCAGACGGCGCCCGAAACGGCACUGGAGGAGGGCAUUGAGGAACAGCUCGACAUGGAGGAGCCCAUGGCAUCUGAAGGCGAUUUCCACACCGCAGACAAUGUCACCGAGCAAAAGGCCGACAAAGAGGUGAUUGAGGAAUCACCAGAGGCCAGCGAGCCGGUGAAGAUGACCGUCAAGAAACUACAGACCCUACGCACGCUGAAUCGCUCCCCGGCAUGCAAGAAUACCGUACUGGCUUUUGAGGUGUCAAGGAAGUGGCUCUCCGAUAAGCUCGCACUGGCGGCUCGCAGUGUUCAAGGGGUAGGCCGCACGUGUGCCAUGGGGCCCUUGCCGUCGCUUGUCCUGGUGGCCCUCGUGGCUCACGGCCUGGUUCUCCCGGAUGUGGUGGAGGACGUGGCCGAGGCCGUGGACUUCGAGCCGGCGGCGGGAGCUUCGGUCUCCCUGCAGGGCAAAAGCAUCCGAGUCAACUACACCGUGACAGGACACCUGGCCCUGCACCCGCGGCUGCCCACAGCGCUGGCAGAGAACCCGGUGUGGCUCCCCACGGCGGAGCAGCUGCAAGGGCUGUCGACGAAGGAGGCGGAGCAACGACUCGGCUUCUUCGUUUCCGCGCACAUUCUCGUCUGGAUGGGCUUCUGCCUGGUGGGCACCUUGAUCAUGACGCGCUGUGGGGAGCGCUUCCUGGACCGAGACGCACAUGCGAGAUUGGAGGAAGAGGGGACCUCACUGGACGGACUCGACAUUUUUGGAGCCUUCUUGGUCACAUACCUGGCCUGCCUGGUGGCCGUGGGUCUGAGCAUGCAGUUGGGCAGGCUCUCCAAAACCACCGGGCUCGACUACGAAGUGUACUUGGCCCUGUUCACCGCACAGGGCAUGAACCUUUUGUGGCAGGCCAGGCAGGCCACCAGGAGGGUGGGCAGGGCUGAGAGAUUCCCGAUCGACACUUUCGCCCUGGGCACGGUGGCAGGAAUGCUGCCCUUUCUAUCAGACACUUUCGACACCCUCAAGGACGUUGUCUUUGGGGGCCUUUGCCUGAUGUCAGAACACUGGACCUUGCGAGCUGUUGGCGUGGCCAGCUGGCUGUGGCUGCCGGCGCUGCACUUUCAGUUGCUAAGGAAAGAUGCCCACUGCGCGGCUGACCUCUCGGGCAGCUAUUUCCCCUUUGCGAGUGUACAGACAUCGAGCAAAGCAGCAGCAGCAGAAACCGCAAGAAUGACGGGGGAUGAGGGCUGCUGUUGGGCAAAGGUGGAGAAGGUCCUCUACGAGCUCUACAAACAGACGAGCCCAGGGAAGGUGAGAUUGCUUCUCUGGGAGGCGAAGAUGGGUCCAUUAAGUGUCGUCAUCCCGGCCGCGCAGGUGGCCUUCGCGCGCCUGAGCCACCGGCAGCUGGGGCACUGGACGAUGGCGUCCAUCGCAAAGCGCCUGGCGGUUGCCCUUUCUACCGGCAACCUCGCCCUGCAGACCUCCUUGCUGAUGGCCAUCCUGGAGGCCGACCCGAAAGACCGGGCCUGGGCUCUGACGGCUAGCGGCAUCGGAUCUCUGCUCGACCUAGAGGGCCAGGACACGGUUGACAACGGCAGUUUCCGCGAUGGACGCAGUGGUCUCUCCAAGGCAGUGGCGCUCGCGGAGGCGCUGAAAGUGAACACCGCCGUGAAGACGAUCGAGCUUGGGGGAAAUCUCAUCGGCGACGUCGGCGCGGUGGCCCUGGCGGAGGCGCUGAAAGUGAACACCACCGUGCAGACGAUCUACCUUGCGAACAACUCCAUCGGCGAGGGCGGCGCGGUGGCCCUGGCGGAGGCGCUGAAAGUGAACACCACCGUGCAGACGAUCUACCUUGCGAACAACUCCAUCGGCGAGGGCGGCGCGGUGGCCCUGGCGGAGGCGCUGAAAGUGAACACCACCGUGCAGAAGAUCGAUCUUUGGGGCAGCUUCAUCGGCGAGGGCGGCGUGGUGGCCCUGGCGGAGGCGCUGAAAGUGAACACCACCACCGUGCAGACGAUCGAGCUUGCGAACAACUCCAUCGGCGAGGGCGGCGUGGUGGCCCUGGCGGAGGCGCUGACAGUGAACACCACCGUGCAGAAGAUCGAUCUUUGGGGCAACUUCAUCGGCGAGGGCGGCGUGGUGGCCCUGGCGGAGGCGCUGAAAGUGAACACCACCGUGCAGAAGAUCGAUCUUUGGGGCAACUUCAUCGGCGACGGCGGCGCGGUGGCCCUGGCGGAGGCGCUGAAAGUGAACACCACCGUGCAGACGAUCGAGCUUGCGAACAACUCCAUCGGCGAGGGCGGCGCGGUGGCCCUGGCGGAGGCGCUGAAAGUGAACACCACCGUGCAGACGAUCUACCUUGCGAGCAACUCCAUCGGCGAGGGCGGCGCGGUGGCCCUGGCGGAGGCGCUGAAAGUGAACACCACCGUGCAGACGAUCUACCUUGCGAACAACUCCAUCGGCGAGGGCGGCGCGGUGGCCCUGGCGGAGGCGCUGAAAGUGAACACCACCGUGCAGACGAUCGAGCUUGAGUACAACUCCAUCGGCGAGGGCGGCGCAGUGGCCCUGGCGGAGGCGCUGAAAGUGAACACCACCGUGCAGAAGAUCGAUCUUUGGGACAGCUUCAUCGGCGAGGGCGGCGCGGUGGCCCUGGCGGAGGCGCUGAAAGUGAACACCACCGUGCAGAGCAUCCGCCUUCGUCAAGAGGAUAUCGGAACGAAAGGACGGAGGGCGCUUGAGGCGGUGGAGGAGGUGAACAAGAACAAGCGCAUCGCUGUCGACUAG